AUGAUAGCCGUCUCAGCGCUGCUCAAGAUCCGACAGAUCCAGAGGGACAGCCAAGCACAAAGGCAGCGUUCGCAUCUCCAGCAGAUGGAAGGCCGAGUGGUGAUGACUACUCCCGUCACGAAUACCAUUGGCCUCAGGAACAAGGAGGAGAGUGGAGCCUAUGGGGUACCAGUAGUUGACCUUCGUCAGCAGAAGGAGGCCAUUGUGGCGGAGAUCCGACACGCCUGUCAGGUGCGCAGAGAGAGGGAUGCAUGGAGCGAGUGCGUCUGCAAUGUGUGCUCACGUGGUUCUGUGGUGGUGUCUGCCAGGUGUGGGGCUUCUUUACCGUCACGGGCCAUGGCAUCGACAAGGACACGGUGAGGGAGGAAACGGCCCGCAGCCGUCAACCCUGUAGACGAGACGUGCGCCUCAUGGCUGUCUCUGUGUGUGUGUGUUGGCUUGUUGAAUUAGUUCGCCAAGGUCUUGGAGGCGGCCGAUGGCGUGCUCAGUCUGCCGCUGCAAGACAAGAUGAAGCUCAAGGCCAAGGAGAAAGGAGUCGUCAGAGGGUGAGCACGACAGCCAGCCAGCCAGCCACCCAGUCAGGCGCAUAGCAUACGCAGUCGCCGCCGUGUCUGUGCAUGGCUAUGGCCGGGUGCGGUCCGGUGCAGGUACAUGGUGUACCACGGGCAGCUGCUGGACGAGACGACACAGACAGAACCGGACAGAAAGGAAGGUCAGACGAGACAGACGACACACGUAGCUAGCCCUGACUGACACGCUGAUACGACAACGCACCUGCCCUGUGUGAUUAUCUGUCUGUCUGGGCGUCUUGGUGUCUGUCUUUCUUUGGUGUAGGUUUCGAUUUCGGUGAGCAGUUUCCCGCCGAUGGCAGCCUGGGUGCGGCCGAUCUGCCGGAUAAGUAUGAGCUCUUCUAUGCCGACAACAUAUGGCCAGACGAGAACCAGCUGCCCGGAUUCAAACAGGUGACGAAGGAAGGAGUGAUGGAUGCACUUGCGCAUUAAUUACUGUGUGCUGUGUGAGUCGACUGAUUGAAUCGGUGCUCUGUAUGAAUCCUUAAUUCUGAAAUGCAGGCGGUGUUGACAUAUCAGCAGCAGGUCCGUGCUCUCGGGAAGCGGCUGACAGGUUAUGUGUCGCUGGCUAUGGGCCUGCCCGAAUCCUUCAUGGCCGACCACGCCAAACACUCCCCAAGCGUAUGCUAUGCGCCAAGCAGACACAACACACACCGCCCACUCAUGGAAACCACAGCUGCAUUGCAUGUUCUGUGGUGGCUUCAGUUGCUGCGUCUGCUCAAGUACGCGGCGAUCAAGUCACUGCCAGAGGAGGGCCGCGUGGGAUGCGGCGCACACACUGGUACAUCCACACCCAUACAGACAGCCACACAAGAGAGCGACCGACAAACAGGUAUGUGUGUGCUGUGUGUGGGUGUGUCUUGAUCGCAGAUUGGGGUCUGCUGACUUUGCUCAAAACAGACGGCAGUGGCGGGCUGGAGAUCAAGCCAAGAUGGAGCGACAGCUGGGUGGAGGUGGCCGAGCCGACGGACGACUGCAUCAUUGUCAAUCUGGGCGACAUGCUGCAGCGAUGGAGCAAUGACGUCUUCGUCUCGACACCGCACAGGGUCAUCAUCAAGCAGGACAGAGUGCGCUACUCGAUCCCCUUCUUCAUCAACGCCGACCCCAUGGCCACCGUAACCAACACACACACACACGUGCCUCUGAUGGCAUACACCACGCCCGCAGACACACGCUCCCAUGUCUCUGUGCCGUCAGGUUGAGUGUGUGCCGACCUUCCAUUCAGCCGAGCGGCCCCCUCGGUACCCUCCUGUGCAUGUUGGCGAAUACCUCAUCAACAAGACACUCACCCAUGCGCGAAACGGGGCGCAUGAAGGCGAUGAUUGAUAGAUGCAGUACGACUGAACAAGACUGACCAAGGAGGGAAUGCCGUCCACAGGACAGGCAUCAUGGUUCAGUGUUGCGGGCGGCAGUGUGUAUGCUGCCUGCGUGUCUGCCUGUCUUUGUGUGUGUAAGUGGGUGGCUGGGCGGUCACUGUGAUGUGUGCUGCUGGUUUGUUUGGGGGAUAGCUGCAUGUCCUUGGCUUGUUCGAUAGCUGCAGGAGCAGCGAGCGGGUCGGUCCCUUGUUUGUUCUGGCAAUGCUUGCAGUGACAGCCUGACUGACUGACUGGUCCGCCACACACAGGACUGUUUUGCUUAAUGGGAUGAAUUCACAUGAACGAACGGG